CACAAAAUGGAUUCCCAGCGGGAACUCACAGAGGAACUGCGGCUUUACCAAUCCACCCUUCUUCAGGAUGGUCUAAAAGAUCUCCUGGAUGAAAAAAAAUUCAUCGAUUGCACCCUAAAAGCAGGUGACAAAAGUCUUCCUUGCCACAGAUUGAUUUUGUCAGCUUGUAGUCCUUACUUCCGUGAGUAUUUUUUAUCUGAAAUUGAUGAGGGGAAAAAAAAGGAGGUAGUAUUAGAUAAUGUGGAUCCUGCUGUACUAGAUUUAAUCAUCAAGUACCUGUACUCUGCCAGUAUUGAUCUCAACGAUGGAAACGUGCAAGAUAUUUUUGCCUUGGCCAGCCGCUUUCAGAUCCCCUCGGUGUUCACUGUCUGUGUUUCCUAUCUUCAGAAAAGACUUGCUCCUGGCAACUGUCUAGCCAUCUUAAGAUUAGGACUUCUUCUUGACUGCCCGAGACUUGCUAUCUCUGCCCGUGAAUUUGUGUCUGAUCGUUUUGUACAGAUUUGUAAGGAAGAAGACUUUAUGCAACUAUCUCCACAGGAACUGAUAUCAGUCAUUUCAAAUGACAGUCUAAAUGUGGAGAAGGAAGAAGCGGUAUUUGAGGCGGUGAUGAAAUGGGUGCGAACAGACAAGGAAAACAGGGUCAAAAACCUUAGCGAAGUGUUUGAUUGUAUUCGUUUUCGCCUUAUGACAGAAAAAUAUUUUAAAGAUCACGUUGAGAAAGAUGAUAUAAUUAAAAGCAACCCAGAACUCCAGAAAAAAAUCAAAGUUCUCAAAGAUGCCUUUGCAGGUAAACUCCCAGAACCUAGCAAAAAUGCAGAGAAGUCUGGGGCUGGGGAGGUGAACGGUGAUGUUGGUGAUGAAGAUUUACUUCCUGGUUACCUGAAUGACAUUCCCAGGCAUGGAAUGUUUGUCAAAGACCUCAUCCUCUUGGUGAAUGACACAGCUGCCGUGGCUUAUGAUCCCACAGAAAAUGAGUGCUACCUCACUGCACUGGCUGAGCAGAUUCCCCGAAAUCAUUCUAGCAUUGUUACCCAACAAAAUCAGGUGUAUGUGGUAGGAGGACUAUAUGUGGAUGAAGAAAAUAAAGAUCAACCUCUACAGUCCUACUUCUUCCAGCUUGAUAACAUAGCAUCCGAGUGGGUUGGACUUCCACCUCUGCCAUCAGCCAGGUGUCUCUUCGGUCUGGGAGAGGUAGAUGACAAAAUCUAUGUAGUUGCAGGCAAAGACCUUCAAACAGAGGCUUCGCUGGAUUCAGUAUUAUGCUAUGAUCCCGUGACUGCAAAAUGGAAUGAAGUUAAAAAACUGCCUAUCAAAGUCUAUGGCCAUAGUGUGAUUUCACAUAAGGGGAUGAUAUAUUGUCUAGGAGGAAAGACAGAUGACAAAAAGUGUACAAACAGAGUGUUUAUCUACAACCCAAAAAAAGGAGACUGGAAAGAUGUGGCUCCAAUGAAAAUCCCUCGUUCCAUGUUUGGGGUGGCCAUACAUAAGGGCAAGAUUGUGAUUGCAGGAGGCGUCACCGAAGAUGGCCUUUCAGCUUCAGUAGAAGCUUUUGACCUCAUAACCAAUAAAUGGGAAGUAAUGACUGAAUUUCCCCAAGAAAGAAGCUCCAUCAGUUUGGUCAGCCUGGCUGGAUCCCUGUAUGCCAUCGGGGGCUUUGCCAUGAUUCAACUGGAGUCUAAAGAGUUUGCACCCACUGAAGUCAAUGACAUAUGGAAGUAUGAAGAUGAUAAAAAAGAAUGGGCUGGGAUGUUGAAGGAAAUACGUUAUGCUUCAGGAGCUAGUUGCCUAGCAACACGUUUAAACCUCUUCAAACUGUCUAAACUAUAAACCGGGAGGUGAAAAAACACAAUAGAAUGGAAUGUGGUUUGUUUGGAUAAUAGGGCUUUAAUUUAUUUUGUUUUCAAAAGCCUAUACAGAGAUUGAUGUAGAAAUUAUUCACUAAUUACUGUCCAUGAGGUUAGC